UUUUUAUAUUUCCUUCUUCCCCAAGGAACUUGGAAAAUCGCUUCGAUUUCCUUCUUUCCCUCAAAAAGUCAAUGAAAAUGUCCUUAUAGUUGAUUGUCUCGGAAUCAAUCCGUCGUUGAUUUUGUUUUCACACUUUAGUUUUUAUCGCUUUUCUAGAGAGAAGAGGAAAGAAACAAAGAUGGCGGAAACAGAGCGACUAACACAGAAUCCAUGGAUGAGUUCAGAGCAAUCUUCAAGAUUUGAAAUCGACAGUCAUGCUUUGUCGAUCGCGGAACCAAUGAUAAUCGAUAGAGAUGGGAGCGAAUUAGGUGCUCCUCUGGAUCAGCACAAUGACAAUCCGUUCAAUUCGAAUGUAGGGACUGGAGAGCGAGCUUUGUCUGCCGCUGGUGGCGCCUUUUUAUCCUCCAUCAUUGCUAAUCCUCUCGAUGUUGUCAAAGUAAUGAUAUUUAACACAGUUCCUUUUUGUUAAUGAUUAUUUUACAUGUUGGUUGCCGGAUUGUUUGGUGUUUGAAUUUUCGUUAUAUCGAUUGCUUCUUGCUGUUUAAAUGUGCUUUGAAAACAUUGCUAUGUUUUCUAUUGUAAUUAACAGACAAAUUUGCAAGCUCAGGCUGCGGGAGUACCUUUACUCGCAUCCGCUAAGUAAUCUUAUUGGUCGAAUGGCAUAUUUUGGACCAAACACGAUGCUUGCUGAUUUAAGAUGUUCACCAUCAUGCACACGAGCUGGGGUUCAUGGCACCGUAGCAAUAUGUCCUCCUGAUUGUUUUAAGUACAAAGGAACAUUAGAUGUCUUCAACAAGAUAAUACGCCAGUAGGGAUUUUCUAGGUUGUGGCGAGGGACUCAUGCAGGUCUGGCUUUGGCUGUACCAAUGGUGAGUUCCUCUUUUGAUUUGUGAUCCUUUUAGCAGUCAGAGAAAGUGCUUUUGGAUAUAGACAUGUUGUACUAAACAAUAAUAAAGCUUUUCUGACAGU